AUGUCAAUGUUUACCUCAACUUUGAAACACCUACUCCUCGCUGGAGUGGCGUUAUAUGAUGUCUCUGUCAUUGCUUCAGUACUUCAGCCUACUCCUCCAAUGGGCUUCAAUAAUUGGUCAGCAUUUAUGUGUGGGCUUAACGAAUCGCUAUUCGUUGAGACAGCCCAGGCAAUGGUAGAGAAAGGCCUACUUGCAGCAGGUUACAAUCGACUUAAUCUAGAUGACUGUUGGAGUCAAGGCAGUCGGGAAACAAACGGUAGUCUCUUAUGGAACACCGAGAAGUUUCCACGCGGCCUUCCAUGGUUGACCGGCUAUUUGAAAAGCCUGGGGUUCAAUUCUGGAAUCUACACCGAUGCUGGAAUCAAUUCUUGUGGUGGAUUUCCAGGUUCGUAUGGGUAUGAGGAAAUUGAUGCUCGAGCUUUUGCCUCAUGGGGUUUUGAUUACCUCAAGGUUGACGGCUGCAACAUGCCUUCAGCAACCGAGCAAGAGUAUGAGCGUGUUUACGGACAUUGGCAUGGCGUCUUAAGUGCAUUGAAGAGCCCUCUCAUCUUUUCAGAGUCUGCUCCGGCAUACUUUGCAGCGCAGGACAAUCUAACUGAUUGGUAUACUGUGAUGGACUGGGUCCCAAAAUACGGGCAGCUUGCUCGUCACUCGCGUGAUACACUCGUCUGGAACUCAACUUCAUACUGGCCCGACAUCACUGGAUGGGACUCUAUCUUAUUCAACUAUGGACAGGAAGUAAGAUUGGCGAGAUACCAGAAGCCUGGGUACUUUAACGAUCCAGAUUUCUUGAUUGUUGAUCACUUCGAUCUAUCGCUCAACGAAAAGAGGUCACAUUUCGCUAUUUGGGCCUCACUAUCAGCUCCUCUUAUUAUCAGUGCUUAUAUUCCGGCAUUCAGCGCAGAUGAGGUGGCUUAUCUCACGAAUAAAGAUCUUAUUACUGUAAACCAAGAUCCAUUGGCAUUACAGGCUACACUUGUCAGCCAAGAUGGUACAUGGGAUGUUUUGACUAAAGAUCUAGCAAAUGGGGACCGACUUCUCACUGUUAUCAAUCGAGGCAAUUCCACGGCUAGCUACAAGGUAUCAUUCCAAAGAAUUGGUAUCUCUGCAUCAGCAGUCAAGGUUAAAGACCUCUGGACCGGAAAAGUCUCAUCCUCAUCCAAGGUAGUCACGGCUGUCAAUGUUCCUUCGCACGGUACUGCGGUAUAUCGUAUUUCUGCUGGAUAUGGAAAUCUGAACGUUACACCGACUGGUAUGAUCUUCAAUACAGCAUCGCUGAAUGUUCUUACCUCUUCUCGUCAAGGCCUAGCGUGGGCAGCCUCUCUCGGAUCGGACGAGCAAGUAUGGCAAACUGACGAGGAUGGUACUAUCAAGGGAAUUUUCGAUACUUCUAAGUGUCUAACGGAUCUUGGAGUAGGAAAGGUAUCACUGAUGGCAUGUUCUGGCAAAAAGAAUCAGAGAUGGGAGUACUAUGUUACUGGGAAUCUUGUAAGCCUCAGUACUGGGUCGUGUUUGGCUGAAGCUAGUGGAGACGUUGUGACGGCGAAAUGUCAAUUUGAAGCCAACGGGCAAGUCUUUGGAUUGCCUAGUGGAAUUGAUGUUAUCGGGCAAUAA